GUAGUUUUUCACUUCUUUUAUUGUUUCAUUGCAUGCUUUGUAUUAGAACUUUUAUCAUAAAAUAAUCUGACAUAAUGUUGGCAAGUCACAGACAAAUGUUCAUUGCAUCUUUAAAAAGGCAGUCAUAUAAGUUCAAGAGCUUUUCGACAUCACAACAUAGAACCUCAGAAACAGAGCAUGCUAAGGAAUUCAAGUUUUCACAAAGUGCCAAUCACCCAAAGAAAGUUGAUUUGAUGGAAAAUCUUUAUCCAAAUCGAAGCAAGUCAUGGAGCAAAAGUCGAAUUUGGUUUAGCAAAGCUUUAAGUAUUCUUCUUCCUGUUGGUACAAUUCUGGCUUUGUAUUUUGCAUUUACUAGUGAUUAUGACUUGGAAGUUGAGGAACAGCUCAUGAAAGAUAUGCCAAGCUAUGGUGAAGAUAUGAUGAAGAACAAAAAAUUUAAAGAAUCCAUGGAAAGACAAAGGGCUUUACGGGAUCAAUCUAAGACAGAAAACACUUUAUGAUUGUUUCUUUGUAAAAAAUGUAAAAGCUGUCAACACUGUGAUGACACUUAUGAUAUUUUAGCAAGUCUUAUCAACAUCAGUAAAAUGACCUGGCCAAUAGAUGUGGUGUACCUGAUCUAUGACUGAAUUAAACACAUGUGGUUUCUGUAGUAUUUAUUUAAUGUUUGUACCAAUGGCCUUUUAUUUUCAUGUCAUAGCCAAUCGCUGGCCAUGUUUAAAUUUAUUAAAAACAUUUGGCAAUCAA